AAUGAAAAGUUCAUCAUUGCUAUCAGGCAUAGUAAUAGACAGCUAUUGAAGGACCUUAACAAGCAACAUGGCCACUUCGAAAUCUGUCCUGUUCGUGUGUUUGGGGAACAUCUGCAGGUCCCCCAUUGCAGAGGCCGUCUUCAGAAAGCAGGCCACUGACAAAGGAGUGGCUAAUGAUUGGAGGAUAGACAGCGCCGCCACCUCCACCUAUGAGAUCGGGAACCCCCCGGAUCACCGCGGCCUGGCCUGCAUGAAGAGGCACGGAGUGCCCAUGCGGCACGUCGCACGCCAGGUGACCCAAGACGAUUUCCAGACGUACGACUACAUCUUGUGCAUGGAUGAGAACAACCUGAGUGACCUGAACAAGAAGGCGAGCAGGGUGAAGAACUGCAAAGCCAAGAUCGAGCUCCUUGGCUCCUACGACCCGCAGAAGCAGCUCAUCAUCCGGGACCCCUACUACGGCAGCGAUCAGGACUUCGAGACCGUCUACGAGCAGUGUGUGCGUUGCUGCAGCGCGUUCCUGGAUGCCAACUCUUGAUUCCCAACACCCGAGGGGAACGGGUGGCGCGGGCAGGGGGGGGAGGUGGACACCUGGUAGAGUCGCAGGGUUGCUGGGGUGUCACACAAGGUUCUUCUCCGUGCGGCUCUCUCUGCGGCAGGGGGCAGUGAGAGUUGGGCUCCUUCUCAUCAUAGCUCAGGAUCAUGUCUUAAACCGUUCAAUAAACAAUUCUGUGUGUUUAGAUCAUUAGAUACGCUCAUAAGCAGCGCUUGCAGAUCACAACAGCCACCUCCAGUUUCCCUUUUCUGAGGGGAAACGUUCAAUAAACAAAUGUCUGAUAAAGAAAAUCGAA